AUGGCAGAGAGCGUUAUUACCAUCCCUACUACCAUUGCUGAAAAAAUUGCAGGCUACUUGGUUGCUCCAAUUGGACGCCGGCUUAGUUAUCUGUUUUGCUACCGCAGCCACAUGGAUGAUCUCAACAAGAAGGUUCAAGAGUUGGGGCGUGUGAGGGGCGACCUUCAGAUUACUGUUGAUGAAGCUAUUAGAAGAGGGGAUGAAAUCAGACCUAUUGUUGAAGACUGGUUGACUCGGGAGGACAAGAAUACAGGGGAGGCAAAGACAUUCAUGGAAGAUGAAAAGAAAAGAACCAAGAGCUGUUUCUAUGGGUGGUGUCCUAAUCUCAAGUCACGUUACCAGCUAGGCAGAGAAGCAGACAAGAAGGCGCAGGUUAUUGUUGAAAUCCAACAACAAUGCAAUUUCCCACAUGGCGUAUCAUAUCGUGUCCCUCCACGGAAUGUAACCUUUAAAAAUUAUGAACCUUUUAAGUCAAGAGCCUCGACUGUGAAUCAAGUUAUGGAUGCAUUAAGAGAUGAUGAGAUCGACAAGAUUGGGGUAUGGGGCAUGGGCGGUGUGGGCAAAACCACGCUGGUCAAACAAGUGGCUCAACUAGCUGAAGAGGAGAAGCUGUUCACCGCGCAAGUCUACAUAGAUGUAUCCUAG